CUCCGGGACUGUUACUGAGGCAAUUACUGAGUCGGCUGACAGGCAGACACCCCAGCAUUGCGUGUGGUACCCUCUCUUCCUUGGGAUGAGGUACUACGAUGCCGGUGGGAUCACUCAAACCGCCAGAACUGAGCAUCUACUUUAGUCAAUCCUCUCUGUCUCGCACUCUUGUCUUUCUGCAUGAACUGACAGCUGACACAUCUAAACAAACCCGAGGAAAACGAACGCAAAACAAUCAAACCGGAAUAAACACACCCACCAGUUGAAACGCCUUCAGUUCAAUGAUAAUCGUCGUAAAAACAAAUAUUCAUGUCGUGAAAUUCUACGGCAUGUAAUUAAAUUAAGUGCCAGCUAAGAAAAAUUGCUGGAAUAAGUUGCAGUAAAGGUCAUUCAGAGAAUUUUCCUGUUUCGAGUUGUACACAAAAAUGAGUCCUACGAUAUUGGAAAAAGAAGAGCGGUGCCUCGGAGGUAUGACAUUUUUUGCUCAAAGUCAUCCCAGUGAAGUCUGUGGCAGCAACGGUCUGCCCCUGACCCCCAACUCCAUAACAAUUUAUGGAAAAUCCCAGUUCUUGAAGAUCCUGGACCACCGGAAUCUCUCGCCAUACGUCGACAUCAUUAGGAGUAAACACGAGAGAACAGUCGUGGUGGCAGAGUACAGUGGAACACCCUUGCAGUAUAAAGAAAAAAAUUUUUCUGUCCCUGAUAUUGUGAGGAUAGCGUAUGAAGUGCUGUCUGGACUCAGUUACAUUCAUCAAUUUGGUCUGGUCCAUCGUCAUCUGAAUCCUGAUAAUAUUCUAAUCAAGGAUGAUGGUGCUAUUCAGCUGUACAAUUACGGCUUGUAUUACAUGACUGAUGGGGGCAGAAAUGUUCCCUUUCCCAUUGGCUAUCCAAAAUAUACAGCUCCAGAAGUUUUUUUGAAUUCGACAAAUACUAGCAGUUGUAAAGUCGACUCCUGGUCGCUGGGUAUGAUAAUCGCAGAGUUAUUGCUAGGGAAGAGCCUCUGGUUAGGUAUUAAAUUACACCAGUGCCUGUGGAAAGUUCUAAGUCUUCUCCAGAGCCAGAAUAGUGUAUUCGAGCACUUAGCGAGGGAGUGCGACAGGUACGAUGAGUUUAAACAACUCCCCCAAGACGUAAGGGAUUUCGUUGACAGUUGUCUCCAAGUGCGAUCGUCCCAACGAAAAUCCGCGAGAGAACUUCUGAAGCUCCAGCUCUUCGACAGUUUCACCUUGAGAGACGUCAAGAAUCUUGAGGAGGGAAUUUACAAGAAUAUAAUCGUGCGAAACAUGGAGGAGCUGUAUUAUCUGUGGCAGCUAGCAGGUGGAGACAUGACUGUCGAAUUGAAGAAGAAUGGGUUGAUACGAUCAAGGCCCCCAAUACUCUCGAUUCCAAACCUGAUAAUUCUCUUAGGGCAGAUGUUUGGACGUAGGGAUACAGCUUGUUUGCUGGACCUGCGAGUUAUAAAAGUGCCUCUGGACAUAUUGAGACAGCGUCUCUCUCAUAUUCCCUACAUCGCAAAUUGUCCUCGCCUGACCAGUCAAAUGCACGUCAAAGCCCAGGACGAUUUAACCGAGACGUCCUCUCAGCUGCCUCUGGUUAUUAGAGAACGAGACACUGAAUACCAGUUUUACAGGAUUGUUCUCUUCGACAGGCUCUUGAAGAUCUAUCCAAUAACGAGGACAGCCAUCAUCAGAGAGGCACACAAGGACAUUCCUCCCCCUGUCAGAGGAGCUGUGUGGGCAGCUCUAUUGGGAAUAACUGGAGAUGUCGAGAAAAGGUACGAUGGGAUCGACAAGGAGACCCCAACCCACACAGAUCGACAGAUAGAGGUGGAUAUCCCGAGAUGUCACCAAUACAGUGAGCUGUUGUCCUCUGGGGCUGGUCACGAGAGGCUCCAGAGAUUACUAAAGGCUUGGGUGAGAGACAAUCCUCACUACGUCUACUGGCAGGGCUUGGACUCCCUGACAGCACCAUUUCUCUACCUCAAUUUCAAUAAUGAAGCUCGAGCCUUCGCCUGUCUCUCCGCAUUCAUCCCAAAGUACCUGCACAGGUUCUUCCUGAAGGAUAACAGUGCUGUGAUCCAGGAAUACCUGUCCAAAUUCUCCCAGAUAAUAGCCUUCCACGAUCCCUACCUGGCCAAUCACCUCAGGUCCAUCAAUUUUGUCCCAGAAUUAUUUGCAAUCCCCUGGUUCUUGACCAUGUUCUCCCACGUCUUUCCUCUCCACAAAAUUCUCCAUCUCUGGGACAAACUUCUUCUUGGAGAUUCCGCUUUUCCUCUCAUGGUGGGUCUCGCCAUUCUUAAGCAACUCAGAGACUCAUUACUCGUAUCUGGAUUCAAUGAAUGCAUUUUGCUGUUCUCUGAUUUACCGGAAAUCGACAUUGAACUCUGCGUGAAAGACUCCAUGGCCAUGUAUCAGAGUACUCCAGCGAGUAUCACGUAUCGAAAGCACCAGUUCGAUCAGUCCAAGGCGUCAAAUUGGCACGACCCAGAGGCAGGCACUGAGAGACUUCCCAGGAUCAGUAUCGAGGAUUAUCUGAUGUUGUUAGGUAGUGAGUCUAAAAUGAUUCUGAAACUAAUCGCGAGCGAAAUGACUGAGUCCCGAGAAGUGGACGAAAUAAUCACAGCGUUGAAGAGAAUGAAGAACUCAGUGGAUAUCGAAGAGACCUUACAAUCGAGUGUAAACCUGGAGAACAUCGACGAGAACAUUCAGUCGUACAGAAGUGACGAUCUGACCUCGGAGACUUGGUGCCCCCAAAUGGAAAACAACAAUCUCUCCUCGAUAUUUCAAGAGAUAUCUCCUGACAGACCAGUCCACGUGCGCCUCGCAGGCUUUGAGACCCUCUUCGAGAGUGAUUUAUCCAGCAAUUCCAACACUGAGGCAUUCGAACAACUCCUAAAACUCCUGAAGGAAGGAAUCGCCGACUCUACGAAGGCCGUCUUCGAGGCGAGCCUCAAAAUCCACACGAAACUCCUCGACAGCCCUCGAUCCCAUGAUGUCUACACCAAUCUCAUGAACUCUUUCGAGGCAGAAUAUUAUUCAGAGAAGUUUCAG